AUGGGGAAUAUACCAUACUCGGCCAUCAUUGCGGUUGCGCUCAUUGGCAGGGACUUCUACCGCAUAGCCUUUGCUCAGCAGUCAUCCCGCUUUGUGAAGGCUACUUCAGUAAACCAUCGAGCGCUGUUAGCAUCAUAUAAGGUGGCGUACCAAAUUGCGCAGUGCAAAAAGCCCCACACCAUAGCAGAGGAGCUGAUACUGCCUGCAGCAUUAGACAUGGUCUCUGUCAUGCUGGACGACACCAGUGCAGCAAAACUAAAAACUAUCCCUCUGUCCAAUGACACUGUCGCCAGACGUAUAGAUGACAUUGCUAACGAUCUUCAAGAACAGCUGGUAGAUAAACUCAAAGACAAACGUUUUGCCUUACAAUUUGAUGAAGCAACUGACAGCAACAAAGACUGUCUGUUUAUUGCUUAUGUACGUUUUGACAUGUCUAACUCCCUGUGUGAGGAUCUACUUUUUUGUAAAUAUGUCAGGGACAGAGCCACAGCUGAGGAGCUAUUCAAAAUUCUGGACUCCUUUCUGACUGAGAAUGGGCUAAAGUGGGAGAACUGCAUUGGUGUUUGCAGUGAUGGUGCACAAACCAUGGCAGGGAAGAGAAAAGGACUUAGGGCACUCAUCAAGACAGCCUCACCUCAUGCUGAGUGGACACACUGUAUUAUACACAGAGAAGCACUUGCAUCCAGGCAACUUUCCCCUGAAUUAAGUGAGGUUAUGACUGACAUCAUAGAUGUAGUCAAUUUUAUAAAGACCAGACCACUAAAAACAAGAGUCUUCUCUGCCAUCUGUGAGGAGAUGGGAGCUGAACAUCAAACUGUGCUCUAUCACAGUGAAGCAAGGUGGUUGUCACGAGGAAAAGUCUUGUCCCGUGUUUUUGAGCUCAGAGAGCAAAUAAGAGUGUUUUUGGAGCAGGAGCACAAGUAUGAAGUGGCAGAAAAAUUUUGUGAUGAGAACUUCCUGGGAAAACUGGCCUACCUGAGUGACAUAUUUGGAAAGCUAAAUGAACUGAAUCUACAGCUUCAAGGGAAAGAUAAACACCUCCCUCAGGUCACAGACAAGAUUAGCUCUUUCACCCGAAAGCUUGCAAUGUGGGGCAGGCAACUUGAUGAAGGAAACACAGAUUCAUUUGAGAACCUGCAUGAAUUUGUAGACACUAAUGACUAUGAUGCUAUCUCAGUGAUUCCACACAUUAAGCAGCAUAUUUCUUCACUGAUUGGAUUCUUUAAAAAGUACUUCCCUGAAAACAGUUCCCAGUAUGACUGGGUGAGAGACCCUUUCAGUGCAGCAGCUCCAACUGGUUUCAGCUCUGCAGAAGAGGAGCAGUUCAUUGACAUGACGUCUGACUCCACACUGAGACUGAGGUUCACAUCACAGACACUCAGUGCAUUCUGGCUGAGUGUAGAGAGGCAGUAUCCACUCUUAUGA